CGUCAUGUCACCGCCUGGCCGGCUCUCUCCAGUGACUGUAGUCGGGGCGGUGCACUCAGUGAUUGACAGCAGCAGUGACUCUGCGGUGUCCAGUACGGGAGGCUGCAGCCGGAGUUGGCCCCUUCUGCCUCUGUGAGCUCCAAGUGAGCGGGUGUUAGAGGGGGAAGCCGGGAUCUCACUACUAGCAACAUGCAGGCCUGGAGCCCCAGCAUCGUCCCUGCAGGAAGUGGCCGCCUCUCUGUCCUCCAGCGGCACCUCACAGCAGUCCCUGUGUCAGUCCAGGUUUCAACUGCCAGUCACUCCCCAAACUUCCGCUACACUUUGGAUAAUGACCUCCUGACCACAGAACAGAGACUGUUCUAUGAGGAAAAUGGAUUUCUGGUUGUGAAAAACUUGGUGUCACACAAGGACAUAGAUGAUUUCAGGGAGGUCUUUGAGAAAGUCUGCAAGAAAGAGCUGACGGCACCUGGAAUGUUGGUCAUGCGAGAUGUGGCCAUUGCUAAGUCAGAAUAUGUUCCAGACCAGAAAGCUAUUACAAAGGUUCAGGACUUCCAGGAGCUUCCUGGACUAUUCAGAUAUUGCAGCUUACCUGAGAUUCUGAAGUAUGUGGAGUGUUUCACAGGCCAAAACAUCAUGUCCAUGCACACCAUGCUGAUAAAUAAGCCUCCUGAUGCAGGUAAAAAGACCUCUCGGCAUCCAAUGCAUCAGGAUCUCCACUACUUCCCAUUCAGACCUGCAGACCACAUUGUCUGUGCUUGGACAGCCAUGGAACGAAUUGACCGUAGCAAUGGCUGUCUGGUUGUUGUUCCAGGAACACACACAGGUGAACUCAAGCAGCACGAUUAUCCAGAGUGGGAGGGUGGAGUUAAUAAGAUGUACCAUGGGGUGCGUGAUUAUGACCCAAGCAUUCCCAGAGUGCACCUGGUCAUGGAAAAAGGAGACACCGUAUUCUUUCAUCCAGUCCUUAUCCAUGGUUCUGGAAUGAACAGGACAGCUGGCUUCAGGAAGGCAAUUUCCUGCCAUUAUGCCAGCUCUGAUUGCUACUAUAUAGAUGUCAAGGGCACAUCUCAGGAGAACAUUGAGAAGGAGGUUGCAGAAGUUGCACUGAAGCGCUAUGGAGUGGAGACUGAGAUCUUGCUUAAGGACGCAUGGAUGGCAAAGGGACGUGCUAUUCAAGGAGAGAGAAUAAAUCUCUAACUACAGUCCUUGAAAAUAACAAUUCAGUAUCGUCAAGUAAUCUCCUUUACAUUCUGAUUGCUAUUCAGAAAAAGUAUGAAAUUCUUGUUUAAUUAAAGAAACAACUUCCGUUCUGACAAAUGGCACUAAAUGUAUGUGUUUGCUUACAAUGGUGUGAUGCCUAUAUGAAUCAGGACAUAAAAUAGAAUACAUGCCAUGGUACUGGUUGCAUAUCAUUCAAAGAUUAACAAUACAUAAUUUAACCUGGAUGAUAUUGAUGUGGAGACCUGGAGAAUUCCCUGUGACGAUAUGAAGGAUGGUGCAGACCAUUCAGUCUGUGCUCAGACACCAGAUUACCUCUACAUGCUAUCCUGGACUUUUCCAGCGUUGUUAUCGUAACUAGCACACGAAUAGACCUCUACUUACCUGUUUGAUUCAUAACCACUGUUUUAAAUGGCAUAUUUUCGCAAAUGUUCCAUUAAGUAACAGUAUAAGCACUAUAAUUUCAAAUAAAGCACUUUAUAAAUGGAGCACUUAA